ACAGUGCUUCUCUCUCCUUCAAUUUUGGAGACAAAACCUCACUAAUACUCUCUGCAAUUCUUCUCAACUUCCAUUAAUUAAGAGGUUCCAAGUAGAAUAUAAAGGGAAGAAGAAAGCUCUGUCAUCUUCUAGCAAAUUGAGGGUCAAUUAUCAAGUUAUGUAAAAUCCCAGGUUUAAUGGUAGAAUAAGCAUAUUUAAUCCUUGGUAUAAACUUAUGGAACCCAUUAAUAUAAGGUUGUAUUAUGCUGGUCACUUUAAGACAAACCCCAAAAAGAGAGAAACUACUCAUGAGAAAGGGGACAGUAAUUACUAUGGGGUGGCAUUACAUCCUAAUGUUGAACAGGUUUGCUAUUUUGAAUUUGUUGAUUGGAUUAAAAGGGAAUUAGGAUAUAGUGAGGUGGGUCAGAUUUGGUUUAGGAAAGAAGGAUGCUCUUUGUUCACUGAUAGGAAAGAGAUAAAGAGUGAUGUUGAGAUACCUGAGUUUUUGGAAGCACCUGAGAGGGAUGGUUGGUACAAAUUGUAUGUGGUACAUGAGGAGAGUGAGAGUCAAAAAGGAAGGAGUGACAUGUCUUCAUGUGGGGGUGGUGAGUCAUUUAUUAAAUUGGGGGGCCCACUUUCCAACCCUAGAUCUAAAAACCUUAUCUCUUUGUCAUUGCAACCAGAUUCAAAUCUCACAGUAGCUCCCAAAAAAAACAUCCUUCCCACACCCUUUAUGCAUAAAUUGCCUAUAAUCUCAUCAAGUAAGAAAACAUGUGUAACUGUGUCAGAAAAUUCAUUAUUUAGAGAGGGUCUGGAAAAUAGAGAGGGUUUGGAAGAUACACAUGAAGGUGAUGAUUUCAAUGAGGGUGAUGAUCAGAAUGUUGAUUUGAGUGAGGCUGAUUUGAGUUAUGCUGAUUUUGAUGAUAGAGGUGAUGAUGAUCUGUUCCAAGAGUAUGUUGAUGGAGAUAUAAAUGAGAGGGUAACUAGGAGUUUGGGAGGGAUUCAUAACAACUCACAGUUGGUGCAUGAUGAAGAGGAUGAACAAGAAGAUGAGCAGGAAGAUGAACAAGAAGAAGAGCUUGACUAUGCUAUACCUGAUGAUGUGGUCUUGAAUGACAGUGAUGAUGAUAUUGAUAGUGUCAUAGGGUCAGAUGAUGAGGGGCUCAAAUAUCCUGUUUUUAAUCCAGAAGUAGACUUCAAAGGUUAGGUCAUCUUGAGUAAAGGUUUGAAAUUCCCUUUUAACACUAUAUUCAGGAAGGCACUCAGAUACCAUGCAAUAGAAAAUGGCUACAAUUAUUACUAUUUGCAUAAUAACAACACUAGGGUGACUGUCUAUUGUGCUAUGAGGUGCGGUUGUCCCUGGAAAAAAGCUAGGAUUUUGGAGUGUAAAUGCAAUCAAAAGAAAAAGUGUAGGUUUAAGGUGUAUUGUAGAAAGCUGAAGCAGGAAAGCACUUGGCAAAUUAAAAGGUUCAGACCAUUGCAUAUUUGUGGUCAUCAACAUGUGAACAACAAGGUUAAUUCUCAAUACCUAGCUGAGAGAUACUUAGAAGAUUGGAGGGAUGAUCCUACAAUGAAAUUGAGUGCAUUUAUAAAGAGAGCAAGAAGAGAAGUGAAAGUUGAAAUUGGAUACCAUAAAGCAUGGCAUGCAAAAUCUAAGGCUUUAAAUAUGAUUUUUGGUGAUGCUAGCCUAGAGUACAAAAGGGUUUGGGAUUAUGCGGCAGCUAUUAGGCAGUUUAUACUUGGUAGUACAGCCGUGGUGAAAGUUGAAGGCAUACAGAAACCUCCUCCUCUAUUUCAGAGGAUGUACAUUUGCUUACAACCAUGCAAACAAGGGUUGACCAUGAAGAAACUAGUAGCAUGAGAAUAACACAAGCUGACUUACACGAAUUUGAGGUUGACCAUGAAGGAGAUAAUUUUGUAGUUAACUUAGAAACAAGAGUAUGUGGUUGUUACAGAUGGAGUUUAAUGGGCAUACCUUGCUGGCAUGCUCUGGCAUGCAUACAGUUAAGGAGAUUGAACUAUGAAGAUUUUAUUCACACUGCAUAUCAUGUUGAAACUUAUGCAAAAGCUUAUGCACCUGCAUUUAAAGCAAUGCCGGGGCAAAAUCAGUGGCCUGUGACAACAUACCCACACCCCUUGCUUCCACCUCAUAGAAUCCUCCCAGGUAGACCCAGCAAAAAGAAAAGAAAAAGGAGGUUGGUGAGGAUAAUGAGAAAAAGAAUGUAGAGAGAGCAAAGAAGCAAAAUAAAUGUAGUAGGUGUGGUGGACUAGGUCAUUACAAAACAAAAUGUUCCAGACCCUUUCAAAUUAUCCCUGAGAAAUCAAAAGGGGGAAGGCCUAGGUCUGAUGGAUCAACUGUUGUUGCCCAUGUUGAGUUAAAUGCUAAUGCUGCUGGUGGAUCAUAUCCUUCUCGUUCUGGUGGUGCUACAACAACAAGUGCUGGAGCAAGUGGAUCAGUGAAUAAGAAGAAAGGGGUGGCAACAAAAAAAGGGAAAUCCAAAGCCACUUCAGUUACUACUACAGUUAAUGGGGGUGCAGCUGCUGCUACAACAAAUGAUGCUGGUGGUAGUGGAUCAGGCAAGAAUAACAACA